CUAAGGCUUUCCAAAGGGGCUAGUGAUUCUGGGUGGCUAUUUCCCCUCCCCCCCCCUACACAUUUUGAGACCUCCUUAAGGGGGCCCGAUUUUCGGAUUUAGCAAUUUCUGAAUGGCAAGUUGGGCACCUUCCCUCACUUGUGAAAAUCUUGGCCUAGGGCAAUUUAUUUUUCAAAGACUUUAAAUAUUCUUGCACAACGAGGAAAAAGAAGAAACCCUUCAGUGAAUGAGGAGUCUUUGCUUUUGUAGCAUUUUUCUUGAGAAGUGGAUCUUUGAAUGAGGAUGACAAUGGAAGAGAUGAAGAAUGAAGCAGAGACCACUUCUAUGGUUUCCAUGCCACUCUAUGCUGUUAUGUAUCCUGUUUUUAAUGAGCUAGAGCGAGUAAAUCUAUCUGCAGCUCAGACCCUGAGAGCAGCUUUUAUUAAGGCUGAAAAAGAAAAUCCAGGUCUCACACAGGACAUCAUUAUGAAAAUUCUGGAGAAAAAAAGUGUAGAAGUGAACUUUACAGAGUCUCUUCUGCGUAUGGCCGCAGAUGAUGUAGAAGAGUAUAUGAUUGAAAGGCCAGAGCCAGAAUUCCAAGACCUAAAUGAAAAGGCACGAGCACUUAAACAGAUUCUCAGUAAGAUUCCCGAUGAGAUCAAUGAUAGAGUGCGAUUUCUUCAGACAAUCAAGGACAUCGCCAGUGCAAUAAAGGAACUUCUUGACACAGUAAAUAAUGUCUUCAAGAAAUAUCAAUACCAGAAUCGGAGGGCACUUGAGCACCAAAAGAAAGAGUUCGUAAAAUACUCCAAAAGUUUCAGUGAUACUCUGAAAACCUAUUUUAAAGAUGGAAAGGCAAUAAAUGUGUUUGUAAGUGCCAACCGACUGAUUCAUCAAACCAACUUGAUACUCCAAACAUUCAAAACUGUGGCCUGAAAACUGUAUAUGUUGAGAGUUGUACUUUUCAAUGGUGGAUAGGAUACCUUUAUAUGUAAAUUUUAAAGUUUUGACUGUAUAAAUUAUCAGUCCCUCUUGAAGGGACCUAAUGCAGGAUUUCGAAUGGGAUUAUUGCCAUCUUGCACCAUAUUUUUGUAAAACAUUGUAGCUUAAUCAUAAUCUCACGAUGAAGAUUUUGCAUCACUCUUUGCUAUUAUCAUUCUUUUCAGAAUUAUAAGCCAAAAGAAUUUACGCCUUAAUGUGUCAUUAUGUAACAUUCCUUAUAAGAAUUGUAAAUAUUUGGUGUUCUAUUUCUGACAUUUUAACUUGAAAGCGAAAAACUGCAAGACUAUGUAUUUAACAAUAUUGGUGGCAAAUAUUCAAUAAAUAGUUUACAUCUGUUA